UGGCAGUAGACUUGGCUAGCAUCAGCAAGCCGUCACAACAACAAAGAUGGAGAAAAAAGGAGUCAGCUAGCUGCUGGCUAUCACAUUCAUAAGGCAUCCUUAGAUAGCUAGACUAGCUGUGCUGCUGGCUAGCAAUCAAUCUUAAUUUAGGAGAUUAUAUACAGCUAGCGUGUCUGCUAGCUUUCGCUGUAUCAACAUGGAAUCUGUCACCUUCGAGGAUGUUGAGAGAAAAGUCUUCAUCGUUGGAUCGGAACUUGUAGAAAAUUAUACCGUGUACAUCAUUGAGGUAAUUGAUAAAGACCACAAAUGGACCGUAAAGCAUCGCUACAGUGACUUCUAUGAUUUGCACGAGAAACUGACAGCUGAAAAGAAGGUUGACAAACACCUAUUACCACCCAAAAAGAUGAUUGGUAAAAAUUCAAAGAGCCUGGUAGAGAAGAGGCAGAAGGAACUUGAAGUCUACCUACAAACAGUGCUCCUUAGAUUUCCUAUAGCUGCCCCUAAGGUCCUGUCCUGUUUUUUGCAUUUCCACCAAUAUGAAAUAAAUGGAAUCACAGCUGCCCUGGCAGAAGACUUAUUCCACAAAGGAGAGCAUCUGCUUGUGGCUGGGGAGGUGUUCACCCUGCAGCCCCUACAGCUCUAUGCCAUCACACAACAGCUGAGGCUGGCCAAGCCAACCUGCUCCAAUGGAGACGCCAAGGCAGACCUGGGCCAUAUACUGGACUUCACUUGCCGGCUUAAAUAUCUUAAGAUUACAGGAACGAGAGGGGAAGUGGGGUCCAGUAAUAUCCAAGAACACUCCUUGACCUUUGACCUCUCCAUCUUCAAAGCACUUGUACAGAUUGAGAUAAGUGAAUGCAGUUCAAAGCAGAUCAAUGGACUGCCUUCCUUGAAGUCCACCUUGGCCACCAUGAGCAUCCACCAUUCAGCGGAAACAAUGAUGGACAUCCUGGUCCCAGAAGCAUUGGAGUUCCUUCAGUGGGAAGCAGAUGAGGUGGAGACGGACUGUCCAGUAACUGCUGUCAUUCCAGCAUGGAAGACCCUCACCACUCUGGACAUGAGCCACAAUCAAAUAAGUCGCAUCGAUGAUUCAGUGAAAUUGAUACCAAAAGUUGAAUUCUUGGACCUCAGUUACAACAGUCUCUCUCUUGUGGAGAACCUCCAACACCUGUACAACCUCAUUCACCUGGACUUAUCUUACAAUAAGCUAACUGUUCUGGAGGGAGUCCAUACAAAGCUUGGGAACAUCAAGACCUUGAACCUGGCAGGAAACCAACUAGACAGUCUUUUGGGACUCAGUAAACUCUACUCCCUUGUCAACUUAGAUCUGAGCGGCAACAAAUUGGGACAGCUGGAAGAGAUCAGGAACAUUGGAGCCCUCCCAUGUUUGGAGAAGCUCAGCCUGACCAACAAUCCCAUGUGCAUCAUCCCAGACUACAGGACGAAGGUUCUGGCCCAGUUCUGGGACCGUGCUUCAGAGGUAUGCUUGGACUGCACUGCACCGACAGAGAAAGAGCUGGACACCGUGGAGGUGUUGAAAGCCAUUCAGAAAGCCAAGGAGGCCAAGGACAGAAUGGCAAACACCGAAAAAAAGACCGGUGAGGAGGCGAGGCCGUCUGGCAGUGGAGCCCUCCCGCCCUCCUCCUCCUCUCACUCUGCCGCUCCCUGCUCUCCCUCCCUCGCCCAGCCAGCCAGCUCCAGCCAAGCAAUGAAAUGUAAAGAAGAAGCCUUUGUUACCCAAAAGAUAUUGACUCCUGUGGAUCAUGCACUUACCCAGCAAUGCUUUAAUGUAACCAAUUUGUCUUGUGAGGACAAACUGCAGCUAAUGAGCCAGCAGUCAUGUGAAAUUUCCAGCAACCAGCAGAAUAGGUUUGGGAGCAGCAGCUGCUGCUGUUGUGCCGAGGACAGAAACCUGGCGGAAACCUUCGACAUCACACCAGUCCUCCCCCUCCACUUGCAGUCCUACACCACCUCCAACCAGGACUACAUGACCCAGCUCUGCUGCCGCAUCGCCACAGCGCUGUGGGAGCGGAAGAAGGAGAGGAGGGGGUCCAAGCAGAGGGGGGAGGCUCUCCCCGGUGGGGAGGGGACUGAGCUAAGCAGCCCCAGCUCUGGGGACGGCUACUUUGAGAUGGGGCUGGGGGAAGUGGAGGAAGGUUCCGGCUGUUCCGGGUCCUCUCUUGGCGCUCCCCCUGAGGACGAACUCCAAGAUGGCGCCACCGAGGUGGUCCGCAUCACCCAGGGGACGUGGUGCCACUGUGUCCGAGUCGGUGAAGUUGUCGAGCAGUGUUCGGUCUGUGUGGUGCUGACAGACAGGCUACUGGUGGUGCUACAGGCCCCCACUAAGGAUCCGCCUCAGGACCUGAAGCUCUUCACUGAUAGUCUGGUGACUGACUGUUUAGUGCCAUAUUCAGACAUAGAGGCUGCCCAGUUUGACAUACCAGACACUUGUCUCAGCUUGAGGGUGAAGAUGAGAGACACGCAGUGGCACUUCUUCUCCGACGCCCAGAGUUUGAAAGAGAUCUACUCGGACAUUUGCACGUUCACGCCGCAUCCCUCAGAGGUGCACAACGGUCCCGCCACCCCCUCGCGUUUCCUGCGUCAGCUGUUGAAUUCCUGGGAGCUCGACGACAGCGACUACAUCCACGGCGGCUACGCGGCCCACCUGUUAGACCCGGAGACGAUGGCCCCUGGGCUGCAGAGCAACCAGGACCGCAGCAGUGAGAACCCCUUACAGGCAGACAUCCUCUCCCACCUCGCACCAGCCCAGGUGGGGAAAGACCCCCGCAGUGUCCCCUGUGUGCUCUUCCUGACCCCACGGCACCUGUGUGUGCUGAAGGUGGACUUUGCAGCCAGGAAGGGAGGUCUGGAGGGGCCGGGGGCCGUCCAGCGCUCCUCCGACAGCAAGCUGACCCGCGUGCCCCUGGCCUCGGUCCUGCUCAACCCCAGACUGAAUCCCCAGCAGGGCUGCUCGGUUGGGUGCUCCCACCGGGGGCACCGCUACAGGGACAGCCACGUCCUGGAGCUCUUGGUCGGCCCGCGGGGAGUAGCCGCCGUCUUCCCUCUGGCGCACGACAAGCUCCUGUUCCAGACGCAGCUCGGCCAGCUGCGCUCCGCCCUGAGGGACGUCAAGACCGUGGCCUUCCUUCAGACAAGACCCGGCCUGCGCUCCAGCGGCCGCCACUCCGCCUCCACCCCCACCAAGGCCAGUCAGAGGGUGUCCCUGAACAGUGUCCCAGAGGGUGUCCAGAGGCCCCAUCUGACCCUGUCUCUAGUCUACCCCAACGACCCUCUGAUCCAGAAGCUGUCAGAGGAGAACCAGUGCCCCUCUCAUCUAACAUUGUCCCCAGCCCUGACUCUAUUCUCUGGACUCCAGGGCCACGAGCUACUAGAGUUUUUCCACAACAACAUCGGCGAGGUCGAGAACGAGGAGCUGAAGCACAUCUCGUGGUUGUCUGUGGUGUUCUACAAAUCCCCAGACGUCGAAGUGACUUCCUGUGUCAUGCUGUCGACUAAAGCCCUCUACUUCCUCCUGGACGACUCGGCGGCUGCUCUCUCUGACCAACUAUCAGUGUGGGACUGGAGUCAAUGUGACCAGAGACACCCAGACCUCAUCAUGUCCUACUGCCUGGCCAUGAAGCUCAGUGACAUGCAGAGCGUCAACGUGGGACUGUUUGACCAGUACUUCAGAGUUGUGGGGUCUUCAGCAGACCACAUCCUCUGCUGUCUGACUCGAGACAGCUAUGGCACCCACCACUUCCUCCAGCAGCUGAUGACGGUGCUGUCUCUACUAGAGAAAGCCCCUUCCCCUGAGCCCUCCGAACAAGACUUCUACACUCAGUUUGGGAACAAAAGCACAGGGAAGAUGCAGAACUACGAGCUGGUCCACUCCAGCAGGGUGAAGUUUAUUUACCCCAGCGAAGAGGAGAUCGGGGACCUCACCUUCAUCGUGGCUGAGAGGAAGAGUCCGGCUGGUGCCUUGUGCUCCUUCAAUAUCCUGCUCUACGUGCUGGUGUUCCAGGUCCAGACCACGGGCAACGGUCCAGCCUCCCCCCUCCCCCCAGGGUCACCUCCAAACCAGCAGCCUCUCCUCCAGCCCAAAACCCUCAUCCUCACCAGCACAGAUGUCUUUCUGCUGGACGAAGAUUACAUCAGCUACCCGCUGCCUGACUUCGCCAAGGAACCCCCGUCUAGGGACAAGUACCAGCUAACAGACGCCCGCAGGAUCCGGGACCUGGACCGGGUUCUGAUGGGUUACCAGACAUACCCACAAGCGCUGACCCUGGUGUUUGAUGACGUGCCCGGUCCUGACCUGCUCUGCCACCUGACCAUGGACCACUUUGGAGGGGGGGAGCUGGGGGAGAGGGGAGGGGCUGUAUGCGGGGCUGAGAGUGAGGUGCAGUGGUGUAUCUAUGUUCCAGGGGCGGACAGCAGAGAGAGACUCAUCUGUCUCCUGGCCCGCCAGUGGGAGGCGCUCUGUAGCAGGGAGCUCCCUGUGGAGCUGACUGGUUGACUGAAUGGCUGGUUGAUCAGCUGACUGGCCAGUUGCUGGCUCAAAAGCACAUUUACAAAGAGACAGGGUUAUAAAGAAUGUGCCCCAAAGAUUCCUCUCCUCACAGACACAUUAUUUGAUAUACAUUGACAUCUUUUUGUUAUAUGUUAUUAUAAUGCAUCCUGGGAAAUUGUAUAGAGUAGUCCACAUGAGUUUGAUAUUUAUUAGUUAGCUAUGGCUUCUUCUUCCACAGAUUGUCUCCUUGGCUACCUAUAGAUAAAUAUACCGCUGCUGUGCACAAUCUGCUUUGUUAAUAAGCAUGUUUUUCUGUUAAAUGUGUUGUCACAUUAUGAUGAGACAGUAUAACUAUCAUGUAAAUUAUGUGAACUAUUUUAUUAAUGUUUUGGAUGAAAGAAUUGUUGACUGUCUUGAACCAAUUUUUGAUGACGUUUGAAUUUGAACAGUAUUAUUUGUCAUCUGUAUUUUGUACAUCAUUGUACAAUUUAGUUUCUGCACAGGUUUAUUUUUAAGUUGGAAAAAAAAUGGGAAAGCAACCACUUUUCAGUCGUUUACAUAAUGAUAAUGCCUCAUCACAAUAUACUCAUCUACUUUUUUUAAUCACAGGAAUUGAAUAUGCACUUUAAACGGGUAAGAAAAAAAAGGUUCUUGCUCAGCAGAAGUUAAUUGUGUGUUCCCUUGGUAGGCAGUCAGCAAUAUUUUAUCCUGUUUGUCAGACAGAGGGUAACUGGCAUGGUUGCAAAACCCUCAUUGUCUGGUUUCUGUCAGGUCCUGAAGGGAUUGCCAUCGUAUUGUAUCUUGCACAGAAUAUUUUGCUGCUUCUGUUUUAUAUUAAUAUAAAAUUCCACAAUUAAAUGUGUUAAACAAA